AUGAUCAGCGGCGGUACACCGAUCGCUGACUCCAGCCGUCGGUCCGUCAAGAGUUACGUGUGUGCUGUUCGGCAGCCUCAGGUCCUCAGCCUCACUGAGGAGUGCAACAGCAAAAUUCGGGGAUACGGAUGGGAACCCAUCACCUUUUCCGAAGAAGAAGAGAAGGGCAUCAUCUUCCCCCAUUUCGAUCCCAUGAUCAUUCGAGCAGACAUUGCCGAUUUCGACGUAGGCCGAAUCCUCAUCGACACCGGAAGUUCGGUCAAUGUUCUCUUUGCCGAUGCUUUCAACGGUCUCGGAAUCGACCAUCAAAGCCUCAACAAGGAGAUCACUCCUCCUCUAAGCUUCUCGGGCGAUGUGGUCGAGCCAAUCGGGAGCAUCCAGCUUCCCCUUGCCAUCGGCUCCGGCCCGAGAAGGGCUUUCAUCUACACUCACUUCCUGGUAGUCAACUGCCCAACCGCAUACAACGCCAUCAUCGGCAGACCCGCCUUCACCUGA